ACUGCCGCUCCAAGUUUUCCCCAAACGGAGGAGAGCGCACAUCAGCCGCGGGCCAGCGGCCCACGUGACCCGGGGAAGGCGCUCCCGCCCAUGACGGGGGAGGAAAACUAUGCCUGGCUGAGCCGCAGCCCCGCCGACAGCUCUCGGCUCUGACGCCCCUGGACGUGGCCCCGGGCAGAGACGCAGAAAGACUUCAUGAAGCCUUCCCUUCCAACCUUUACCUUUCCACACUCAGAAAGGAGAACUUAGUUUUUGAAAAGGCGACCGCCAUGAUCCCCUGGGUGCUCUUAGCCUGCGCCCUCCCCUGCGCCGCUGACUCGCUGCUGGGUGCCCUCUCUCGCAGGGACUUCCAGAAGGGCGCCCCUCAACUCGUCUGCAGCCUGCCCGGCCCCCAGGGUCCACCUGGUCCUCCAGGAGCCCCCGGACCCUCUGGAAUGGUGGGAAGGAUGGGCUUCCCUGGUAAAGAUGGCCAGGAUGGCCGGGAUGGGGACCGAGGGGACAGCGGAGAGGAAGGUCCCCCGGGCCGGACAGGGAACCGGGGGAAGCAAGGACCCAAGGGCAAAGCCGGGGCCAUCGGGCGGGCCGGCCCCCGCGGCCCCAAGGGAGUCAGCGGCACCCCGGGGAAGCAUGGCACGCCUGGCAGGAAAGGGCCCAAGGGCAAGAAAGGGGAGCCCGGCCCCCCGGGCCCCUGCCGGUGCGGCGGCGGCCGCGCCAAGUCGGCCUUCUCGGUGGCCGUGACCAAGAGCUACCCGCGGGAACGGCUGCCCAUCAAGUUCGACCGCAUCCUGAUGAACGAGGGCGGCCACUACAACGCGUCCAGCGGCAAGUUCGUGUGCGCCGUGCCCGGCGUCUACUACUUCACCUACGACAUCACGCUGGCCAACAAGCACCUGGCCAUCGGCCUGGUGCACAACGGCCAGUACCGCAUCCGCACCUUCGACGCCAACACGGGCAACCACGACGUGGCCUCGGGCUCCACCGUCCUGCCCCUCAAGGAGGGCGACGAGGUCUGGCUGCAGAUCUUCUACUCGGAGCAGAACGGCCUCUUCUACGACCCCUACUGGACCGACAGCCUGUUCACGGGCUUCCUCAUCUACGCCGACCAGACGGAUCCCAACGAGCUCUAGGGCAGGCCCGUGUGGGCGAGCCACGGGGAUGGGACCCUGGACGUGUGGCUCGCAGGGCAAGACCCCUGAACUGCUAGGCUAGGGCCUGACAGCGUCGGGAGCUCCUGUUUCCGGGCUAUCCUCCUCUGCUGCAGUCUCUUCUUAAAGAAAAAUAAAUAAAUAAAUAAAUCAUUAAAGAAGCA